AGUUCCCUUGGCCCUCCGCCGGCCCAGGACCGGCAGCGAGGGAAGAAGGGCGACCCGGGGGGCGGCGCCACCACCGCCGCCGCCGCCGCUUCGGCUUCUCCAUCUUCUGCUCCUCGUCCAGGCCGUCGCCCGGCUCCCUGUCGGCGCGCCGAGCCGGCUCCCCGUCCGCUCCGCCGCGCCUCCGGCCCGAUUCUCCCCCAAGUGCCGAAGUUGACUCUGCGCGGCGACACGGCGGCGUCAGCCGACUUCUUCCCCUUCCUCUGCCUCCCCAUGGAUAUGCACUGCAAGGCAGACCCCUUCUCCGCGAUGCACCCAGGGCACGGGGGUGUCAACCAGCUCGGGGGGGUGUUUGUGAACGGCAGGCCCCUGCCGGACGUGGUGAGGCAAAGGAUCGUGGAGCUGGCUCACCAGGGGGUGCGACCCUGCGACAUCUCCCGGCAGCUGCGGGUCAGCCACGGCUGCGUCAGCAAGAUUCUGGGCAGGGACCUGCUGUGGGUUCGGAAAGAGGGGGAAAAGCCCACCAAGCAAAGAAACAAAGCGAUUGCAACCCAAUUUGCUGUGAGACCAACCUGCAAGUCUCCCCUCCCUGCCUUCUCCUCCUCCCAGCUAAGACAGGCCGGGCCCUACUUUCUCUCCACCCCCAGGUACUACGAGACGGGGAGCAUCAAGCCAGGCGUGAUCGGAGGCUCUAAGCCCAAAGUGGCGACCCCCAAAGUAGUGGAUAAAAUCGCCGAGUACAAGAGGCAAAACCCCACCAUGUUCGCUUGGGAGAUCCGGGACCGGCUACUGGCCGAGGGCAUCUGCGACAACGACACCGUCCCCAGCGUGUCCUCCAUCAACCGGAUCAUCCGAACCAAAGUGCAGCAGCCAUUCCACCCAACACCAGAUGGGAGUGCGACUGGAGUUACUGCACCUGGACAUACUAUAGUUCCCAGUACAGCCUCCCCUCCCGUCUCCAGUGCCUCCAAUGAUCCGGUGGGAUCCUACUCCAUUAAUGGGAUUCUGGGGAUUCCUCGGUCGAAUGGAGAGAAGAGGAAACGUGACGAAGAGGAUGGAUGCUGCAGGAGGCUAGCCCUACCGCCACAAAUGGGGCCAGGAAGCCAGACAGGAUUCCACCCUAAAGCCUGCGGGGCGAUUGACCCCAGGGGAUGCCUGUUCCUCUCAACAGAGCUCCACCUUGAUGGACGCCUAGGGGAAGUAUCCGAGGGCUCAGUCCCCAACGGCGAUUCCCAGAGCAGUGUGGAUAGUUUGCGGAAGCACCUUCGCGCCGACACUUUCACGCAGCAGCAGCUGGAAGCUUUAGAUCGGGUCUUCGAGCGUCCUUCUUACCCUGAUGUCUUCCAGGCAUCAGAGCACAUCAAAUCUGAGCAGGGUAAUGAGUACUCCCUCCCAGCUCUGACCCCUGGUCUUGAUGAAGUCAAGUCAAGUCUAUCCAGCUCUGCUAACCCAGACCUGGGGAACAACGUGUCAGGACCCCAGACAUACCCUGUAGUGACUGGUCGUGACAUGGCAAGCACAACCUUGCCCGGCUACCCACCCCAUGUUCCACCAACCGGACAGGGCAGCUACCCAACCUCAACUCUUGCAGGAAUGGUGCCUGGGAGUGAAUUCUCAGGAAAUCCUUACAGCCACCCUCAGUACACAACCUACAACGAGGCCUGGAGGUUCAGCAACCCUGCGUUACUAAGUUGGUUGAAUAAGGCCUUGGUUUCCUUACCGUUCCAUCCGAAGAACGACCGCAUCCGAUGUCAUAACCUUACGGGCUGGAGUUGGGACGGCAAGUCUCUCACACACACACACACACCUACAGUCAAGUCAGACAGGAGGAUGGAGCGAUGUCAACCCGCUGGCAAAAUGAAGAACUAUAUAAAUAGAUAUAUAAAUAUAACUGUUUUUAAUGCUUUGUCCUGAAGGUCUGUAAAAAAACAAAAACAAAAAAAGGAGGGGAGGGAAAUGAACAAAUCCCCCCCGUUUUCUAAAAAUCAAAAAGUCCUGGCAAAAACAAGCUGAAAUAGCUCCCCAGCCUGAACGGCAGACAUGAAGAAUAGUUCUCCCUUUCCAUUCCUAGGUUUCAUUCUUUUUCUGUUACACGCCGGGGUUGUUACACGCAUGGCGGCGAGGAGUGCAAGUGUAUUCUGUGGGGGAACUUGUUCACCUAAUACACAACUCCAGCAAGAUUUAUGAAGGAAAAAGCUUAAAUCCCCCAGCGACUGGUGUGCCACAUUUCAUUAAUCACUGCUGAAGGGGUAGAAACAUUUCGGGCAUGUGACACUGGACAAAAACAAUUCCAGACUAACUGGGAAUGUUUUCUGGUUCUCUGUCCUUCCAUUUCUGCUAUACCAAUAUGGACUAGAGGUCUGGGGUAAGGGGGGGGGGUGUAUCUUCUCUUCAUGGAGCUGUGGUACUCUGAAAUAGUGGCAUACAGCAAAAAGCAGGUGUUUUAUCCUUGAACCUCAAGCUUGUUUUAACUGAGUCUUACAUCAGUCAGCACAGCAACUUCCCUGUUCCUGGGGCUGUUCAUUUCCUUGUUUCUGCAUGCCUAAAAACUGAGCAGAAUUUGGAUUUCUAAGAAGUUCACUCUUUUUUUUUUUUAAGGCUAAUUUCCUGUCUUUGCGGACCCAUAGAUGAAAACACGCAGUUACCGUUCUAUAAAAGGUUGCUGCAGCAGAGAGGUGGGAUCCUGCAUCACUCUCCAUCCUCUUAUCUUGGCAUCCGCUUUAAGUUCCGUAAGCAGCGCUCGUCUCCUCUUGCGACCACACCAUGAAAUAUCCUAUGGUUAAAAAAAUCCCAAAUUAUGCAAACUCUCAAAAUGCCAGGAUCAAAAUAAACGUGCAGAUUGGAGCCAUUUCAUGCAGAAAGGCACGUCUGCAUUAACUGAUGGUUUACAGACAUUGUUUUUGCAUGUGGAAUUUGCAGCAGGGUUAGAUGUUGCAUCGAAGGGUGACAUUUAAGCAGAAGAUGGCAGAACAAAAUUUGCUCACAUUUUAUAUUUCAUAAAUCUGGUGUGCGGUGAGCAGUUAUCAACAGGGAAAAGGGAAAGCAUUCAUGGGGCGAACACAACAUCCUCCUCCAGUUUACAUCUCCAGAAGGCAGAGUGCGGACCAAAUUUCAAACUAGUGUAAAGCAGGUGGUUUUUAGCCCUGUUUUCUUUUUCUUUUUCCAAAUUGCCAUAUCCAAGGGGAAAUAAGAGAUCUCUGUAUUUGGGGCAAUACUUUAUGAACCCCUUCUAUAGGGAUCAACAAAGCAUGUUGAUCGCCAAGAAUUCCAAUGGCGCCUUUCCAUUUUUCUCUGUAAGCUGCUUGCCCCAGGUGAAUUGACCAACUCUCUUUUAAUUCACCUAUAUUUGUCUGAGAUGAUUCAAACAAUUGUUUGCUUGUCACAGACACUCACAAGAACAAGCUUUUAUGUUCCAGGCCGACAGAAGUUACCUAUAUCCACAUCUGUGCUAUAUACUGUAUGCCAUUAACACCCCCAAAUUAUAAGGUUGUAGCAGGAAAUCAUUCUGUAAAUAUACCUGCUUUUUUAUCUCAUCCAGUGCACACAAAGAAAUAUUGGGCAAACAGAAACUGUUUCAGUGCUUCCUCAAACCUCAUCCCAAAUUCAGCUUUAUCCAGCUCUAGGGUCCCUACAUCGCUCAACAGUUUAAACACUUAAACACACACACACACACACACCCCAAUUGCUCAUGCCUGUAUUUAUGACUCUGUUUGGGGAACGGCACAUGUAAGAUUGCCCAUUUGACUAGUGUUAAAUGUACCCCCAGAAUGUCUGGGAAGGAAAAUAGCUAACUGGGUCAACUGAAAACUUGUUAGGUCCUUGAAGCCCCAACUUUGGCUAUCCGAGAAAAGAGAGAGUAUAAGAACACUGACACAUCUCACCUACUUAAAAUUAUCUGGUUCAGGAAAACACAAAUAAAGGAAGAUGCAACUGAGAAUAGUCUGACCUAUCAUUCAUGGUCUUUUACUUACACUGGUAGAAAAGAAGGGGAAUAUGAGUCUGUCCAUAACCACUGGCUUGAUUUGGGGCCCGCUGACAUAGAUAAUGUUACAUUGAUUUUGAUUUGGCCUGGCAUGAUCAUAAAGAGAGUAAGCAAUUCUAUUUGGAACGUCCUAUGCAAAGGACUACUAGGCUGAGUCUUAGUCUUGCCACCUUGUCUUCUGAAGAGCCACCUGCAAAUGUGUAUUACAUUUGCCAAAGAAUUUCUUGUGUUGGCCCCUGCUGUUUUGAGUUACAGUUGGUGGGUUGCAUUGUAAAGCAGUAUUAUAGUUAAGUUUAGUAACCGACAAGGGGGAUUUACGUGAUGAUAUUCUACGGAAGACAACCAUCAAUAUUCAUAUAGAUUCAACUGGACUGGACUAUGCGGGAAAUGCAAAAAUUAUUUAAUAUUUUGUUAUUUGCGGGGGGAAAUUUGCUGCUUUGUAGGAAGAUGAUGUUUGUAAUGUGAAGGCAAUUCCUCUUGUAUAUAAGCCCAUUCUCCCAUCUUCAUCAUGCUAGUGAUUGAAACAGGCUCACCUCAUCGUGUAGAUAAAAGAACGCACCGUCUGUACUGUUCGAAUCGCAUUGUGCUCACUGAAAACAAAGCUCUGUGUUCAAUAAAGCACAGCACAAACUCGGACUCUGUGGGAACGAACAAGCCUGACAAGGCCUUUUCCCUGGCAACCUCCAGCAGCCCCCCC